AUGGCACCCAUGACAAGGGCUGCAAGAUCUGCAGCAUCAGGAGCGCCAUCAAACCUAACGCAGGGCCGCUCUAAGGAACCCAAGGUCAUCAGCAUCGACGAGGACGACGAGGGUGACCAGAUGAUGGAGGAUGAAGAGUCUUACGAGGACCAAUCAGGGUCACAAGGGGAUGAAGACAUGAAAGAUCAUUUGGAAGAGGACAUGGAUGACGAUGUCUUCACGAACGGCUCAGACAUCCCUGCCUUGAAUAGCGACCUGAAGUCUUCCACGAGUUUGCGCAAUCGAUCGCAAGAGUCCCCCAAACUUUUUACCGAGUCAGGCGCAGGUGCGAGCGCCCAAGAGAUGUUGCGUCCCCUUCGCAAGACUGCAGACCGAGUCACCCGCCAGAUUGAAGCUUUUGCGGAGAAACUGGAUCAGUUCAAACGCAAGAAAUCGACCGAUGCUUUCCAGAGCGUGCAAGCCGCGUACAAGCUUGUUGAAAGCUACCGAGACUUGACCCAGAAUGCUAUCAACGAGCUCGACCGACCACAGACUCUGAAGAAGGCCAAGACGAGCUUGCGCACCAGCAUUGUCGACAACGAUACUGCGGUCAACACUGAAUCUCGUCGCCUGCAGCUACAGGCUGAGACCUGGCGACUUCUCCUCAAUCUUAUCAGCGUCGACGAGCCCGCCAGCCGCGCCAGCUUCAGAGAAGGUCAGCGCGAAGCAUUCCAGAAUUUGCAUCGAUACUCGUCGGACCGCGAGAUCUGGGAAGAGUUCUUGGGUGCCGAUCAAUUCGCUUGCGAGUGCACAAUCGCCAUGCGCUGGCUUGAGGAAACGGCCAAGGCAGCGCCUCAGGAGAUCGACAACAUGAUCAAAGAAUUGGAAGACCAGGCUGAGCGGGGCCAAGGUCUUUGGGCACAUGGUUGGCUCUUCACAAAGGAGGCCAUCAAGGGGCACAAGCGAUUGCGCGUCUGGCCUCUGCCUCUCGACCCGAAUGACCCUGCCACGACCCGAGCUCUCCUGAACAACGAUACGCAAACACCUUUGAUCACACAGCUGGAUCCCGAUGCGCUUAUUCGCCAGAAUCACAGCUUGCAAAAACAAGAUGCCUGCUAUGAACAAGCGACCUGGAUGGCAUGCUGGAAAAUGCUUCGCCAAGGCAGCAACUGGACACAGAUUCGAGAGUGGGCCGAAAGCCGCCUCGAGAGCUGGAGAGCUGUGAGUCUUUGCGGAUCAAGUGUGGACAAGGGCUCUUCCAACACACGGACGCCAGUGGAUGAUGGAAUCACCCGUCUGAUGAACAGCCGUUCUCAGGACUCUUGGCGGGCUGCCUGUCUGGCGCUGACCAAGGAUGCCAACACUGGGGAUUACGAAAAGGCAGUCUAUGCGCUUCUGUGUGGUGAGAUUGAACCGACCGCAAAAGCGUGCCAAACGUGGGAUGAUUAUCUUUACGUAUACUUCAACCGCGUCGUGCUCUCGCGCUAUCAGGGUUUCUGCAGACAGUUACAGCGUAAGCUGAGCCAGUCGCCCAACGAGCCAAUGGUCUUCCAGCCAGAGCCCGCCGGGCAUGCGGACCUCCAGAAGUAUAUUCAGUUUAUGCGGGGCAACGAAGCAUUGAGCGGCGAAGCGCGUGAACCAUUCCGUCACAUUCAAGCAGCCAUCUUGAGUAAGAGCUAUGGCACUUUUUUCGACCAGCUAUCACAGGCCGUUUCCCAGGUUGGCAUCAAGAAAUACGGAAGCAACUCAUACAUUCCAAGUGUAACAACCUCCCAGUCGGAUGAUGCGAUGAUCAUCAUGGCCGAGGAUCUAGAUGCUUUGAAGAUGGCGACUCACCUUUAUGUGAUCGUUGAUUCCCUCGGUUACGUCCCAGAAAACACUCGUUUCACGGACACAGCAUCUGUGGUCGUGACUGGAUACAUCGCUGCUUUGCAGGAGAAGUGCAUGCCCGAUCUUAUUCCAUCCUAUGCUGCCCUCCUACCCGGCGAAAUAUGCAAUGACGUUCUUGCGAGAAUUUUGAUUGAUAUCAUAGAUUAUGAAGAUCGUCAUUACCAACUUCGUGUGAUCAAGAAACAUGGUAUUGAUAUCAAUGCUGUUCUUGACGCGCAGUGGUCGUGGCUCGAUGCUGGUGUCUCCUCGAUUGAGCAUUCUGCAGGUCUAACUGGCUACUCUCGCGUCAGGAGGCUUCCAGACGGAACUCGUGUGUUGAUGCCUCCUAAGAAGGAUCUCAUUGGGACCAGUGUCGCGAUCGAGGAUGAGAAAAUGAUACGCAAUCUGGAGUGGCUGCGGUGUGUGGGUCGCCAAUGGUCCAAGAUCUGUGCCCGCGGACUGUUGCUGUACCGCAAGUUCUUCGUCGCUGGGAAACUGGCUGCUGCGCGAGAGCUUGGUCAUCGUGUUCGUAUGGCUGAUGUCUCCCACGAAACUUUCAACAUGGACGUGUUUGAAUUCCCGGAUUUGGCUCCCAGCCUCGAGGAGGAAACACCCCUGAGCCCGAUAAAAUCUAAGCGGCACCAUGCCAAUCGACGAAGCGUAUCAAGCAUCAACGGUACCACCAAUGGUGUUCACAAAUCUGCGUAUCAGCAGGCGGUUCACAUGUGGAACUUGGAAGCAAUGGCACUUGGCUUUGAUGCCUUGGAGCAGUUUGCCAUUGUGUACGAUCAAUCUUCAAAGACUAAACGCAGGCGGGAUUCCGGAUCCGUGAGGGACUUUAUGGCUGAGCUUGAGGCUCUUUUGCAGGAAAUUGAAGAUUGUGUGGGGUUGAUUGUGGACGAGUGGCUGGGCAAGUCAGAUGAAGUCGAUGAGGAACGCGACUUUGAGUACAUCCGUCGAACCUAUUUACCGGAGCUUGUUCUCGACUACCACAACGCUUUGUACUACGCCAGCCAUGCUCUUGAAAAGCCAAACCUGCUCUCGCAGUGUAUGACAGUGUCCAUCUGGGUAGCCAACAAUGGCCACUUGACGCGAAGCUUCACUCAGGCUCAGCGCAUGUCUGAGUUGGUGGAUUGUCUGGCACUCGCAAGCAAGGCCAUGGUUCUCACCGAUCCCAAGAAUGAUGUCACGUUCCCCAACGGUCAGACAUUGGGCAUCUGGCGGGUGAGUGUCCCGGAAGAUGAUGAUGCUCUCAGUCUAGCGGAACAACGGGAGCAGACCGGUGCGAACUAG